AUGACAUCAAAAACAACGAGUCGAGUCGGAGCGACGACUCUCCUCACCAUCGUCGUCUUGGCGUUGGCAUGGCUUGUCGGGUUUGCAUCCCGGCUUUUCGCCAUCGUUCGAUUCGAGUCGAUUAUCCACGAGUUCGAUCCAUGGUUCAAUUAUCGUGCCACCCAUCAUAUGGUCCAACACGGCUUCUAUAAAUUCUUGAACUGGUUCGAUGAGCGUGCAUGGUAUCCAUUGGGUCGUAUUGUCGGAGGAACUGUUUAUCCAGGACUCAUGGUUACAUCCGGAUUAAUUCACUGGAUUCUCGACUCGUUGAACUUCCAUGUGCAUAUCCGCGAGGUUUGCGUCUUCUUGGCUCCAACAUUCUCCGGACUUACCGCUAUUGCCACUUACUUUCUCACGAAGGAACUCUGGAGCCCGGGAGCUGGUCUCUUCGCCGCUUGCUUCAUCGCAAUCUCUCCUGGAUACACAUCUCGCUCUGUUGCAGGAUCCUAUGAUAACGAAGGAAUUGCCAUUUUUGCUCUUCAAUUUACUUACUUUUUGUGGGUAAAAUCUCUUAAGACCGGAUCGAUUAUGUGGGCUUCAAUGUGUGCGCUUUCGUACUUCUACAUGGUUUCCGCCUGGGGAGGAUACGUCUUCAUCAUCAACUUGAUCCCACUCCACGCUCUCGCUCUUAUUAUCAUGGGCCGAUACUCUUCUCGUCUGUUUGUUUCCUACACUUCGUUCUACUGUCUCGCCACUAUUCUCUCUAUGCAAGUUCCAUUCGUUGGAUUCCAACCAGUUCGUACAUCUGAGCAUAUGCCAGCUUUCGGAGUGUUUGGACUUCUUCAAAUCGUUGCUCUCAUGCACUACGCUCGUAACCGUAUCACUCGCCAACAGUUCAUGACUCUUUUCGUUGGAGGAUUGACUAUUUUGGGAGGACUCGCUGUUGUUGUCUACUUCGCACUUGUCUGGGGAGGAUACGUUGCUCCAUUCUCUGGACGUUUUUACUCUCUAUGGGACACUGGAUACGCCAAGAUUCACAUUCCAAUUAUUGCCUCUGUAUCCGAACAUCAACCAACCACGUGGGUCUCUUUCUUCUUCGAUCUCCAUAUCACCGCCGCUGUUUUCCCGGUUGGGUUAUGGUAUUGUAUCAAGAAAGUCAAUGAUGAACGUGUUUUCAUCAUUCUCUACGCCGUCUCAGCAGUCUACUUUGCCGGAGUCAUGGUUCGUCUUAUGCUAACUCUUACACCAGCCGUCUGUGUUCUUGCUGGAAUCGGAUUCUCGUAUACCUUCGAGAAAUAUCUGAAAGAUGAAGAGACCAAGGAACGUUCAUCUUCCACAUCGAGUACUGCAAAGGAUGAGAAGUUGUACGACAAGGCCGCCAAAAACGUCAAAUCAAGGAACGCAAACGAAGGAGAAGAAACCGGUGUUUCAUCAAAUGUUCGCACCAUCAUCUCUAUAAUUCUCGUUAUUUUCCUUCUUAUGUUCGUUGUUCACGCCACCUACGUCACCUCCAAUGCCUAUUCUCAUCCAUCUGUUGUGCUCCAAAGUUCCACCUCUAAUGGUGAUCGCCUCAUUAUGGAUGACUUCCGUGAGGCUUACCACUGGCUCCGUGAGAACACCGCUGAUGAUGCCCGUGUUAUGUCCUGGUGGGAUUACGGAUAUCAAAUCGCUGGAAUGGCCAAUCGUACUACUUUGGUUGACAACAACACAUGGAAUAACUCUCACAUUGCUCUCGUCGGAAAAGCGAUGUCUUCAAACGAAUCAGCUGCCUAUGAGAUUAUGACUGAGCUCGAUGUUGACUACAUUCUUGUUAUUUUCGGAGGAGUCAUUGGAUAUUCUGGAGAUGAUAUCAACAAGUUCCUUUGGAUGGUUCGUAUUGCUCAGGGAGAACACCCGAAAGACAUUCGUGAGGAGAAUUAUUUCACCGCUUCCGGAGAAUAUUCGACUGGUGCCGGAGCCUCCGAAACUAUGCUGAACUGUCUUAUGUACAAAAUGAGUUAUUACCGUUUCGGAGAAACUCGCGUUGGAUAUAAUCAAGCUGGUGGCUUCGAUCGAACUCGGGGAUAUGUGAUUGGAAAGACAGAUAUCAAGCUCGAGUAUAUUGAAGAAGCGUACACGACAGAAAAUUGGCUUGUGCGUAUCUACAAACGCAAAAAGCUGCCGAACAGGCCAACUGUAAAGGAAGCGACGAUCCCGAUCAAGGGAAAGAAGGCUACACAGGGCAAGAACAAGAAAGGAGUAAUUCGACCAACUCCAACUUCUGCCAAGGCCUAA